UAUGUGUCCGGGUUGCGCUGCUAAGACAAAAGAAAAAGAGCCGUCUGGCCGCGCGGAACACCAACGGAUCGAACGAGCAGACAAGAAAAGCUGCAUCGUGUAGCUCGUUGAAGGGGGAAAAGAGGAAGAAGAAAAAGAAUCAGCAGUGUCCGCGAAGUGCACGCUUGUGUGUGAGUGUGUGUGUGUGAGAAAGAAGCAGAGCUGCUUGGAGUGUACGCAAAUUACAACGCUUUUCCUCCGUCGUCAGUAAUAGUACAACGGUAGUAGCAAAGAAGAAGAGCACGAAGAAGCGGAAGCAGCAUAGCAGCAGCAGCCCGUUUUUUCGACUUGUGUAUGCGUACGUGUGUGUGUGCGAGUCUACUACAGUGCAUCGAAAUCAAAGAUAGCCGUGACACGACGCUCCGCGUGUUUGAAUGUGUGUGUGCGUGCGCCCACUGAAAUCAGAAGCAGCAGAGUGAGAGCUGUGUGUUACAGAAAGUGCUCCGGGUGUGCAAUCCACGCUGAGGAGGACAGUGAGAAACAUUUCUUGAACAUUAUCACAAAUUACUCUGUACUUUCAAUUUACCUGUAAAGCGUUAACGCUGGUUAACUGCAAUACCGUACCCAUCUGUACUAGUGUCACACUGUGCGCGCGAUUGGAAGUGUGUAUGUGUGCAUGGAAGUGUAGAAGCCGUGAAGAGUGAAACGGAAGUGAAGAAACUGUUUAGCGGUGUAAAAAACUUUACCUUCUCAAAAGAACAAACUUUUCAUCUUGUGUCCCAAAACCUACGGUGGAAGGAAGACAACAAAACCAUACGAACGCUCACUGUAAUAUGAGUAAUGCUAUUAACCAAAAUGGUACAGGUCUAGAGCAGCAGUUUGCUGGUCUGGACUUGCAGCAGAAGCAGCAGCAACUUGGCGGCGGCGGAGGCAGCAACCCAGAAUCCGGAAAUCCUAAACAUCCGGCCGGGCGGUACGUUCCACCGCAACUGCGAGAAUGUGCUGAUAGUGGCGGCGACUUUCAACCCUCUGAAUCCGGUGCCGGCGGUAUUCCUGUAAGUGGCGGCGGCGGAAUCGGAGGUGGUGGCGGUGGUGCCAGACGAGGAUACGAUUCGAACCGUAAUCGUGGUGGUGGCGGUGGUGACUACGGACGCUACGGCGACCGUGACUAUCGCGGAGGCGACUACAAUAGGCGGGGUGGCGGCGGCGGCGGUGGCCGCUAUCCAAACGAUCGACGGGGUGGCGAUUAUGGCAACUAUGGCCGCGGCGGUGGCGACCGGGGCUACAACAAUGGCGGCGGCUUCCAGCGCGGCGGGGAAGGAGGCUAUCAGAAUGCUGAAGGUUACGGAGGCGAUCGGCGGGACAACUGGCCCGCGUACGGUGGUGGCCCUCGUGGUGGUCCGGCUGGUGGACCACCGACCGGUGGCCGUCCUGGGCCAUUGGACGGUCCCCCACCACCACAAAACGAUCGCUGGCAGGAGCCGGGAGCGGCGAUGGGACCGCCCGGACCAGGAAGCGUCGGCAGCGGUGGCGGCACAGGACCCGGCGAGGGUGGUGGAGGCGGCGGCGGCGGCGGCGGUGGAAGAUCAUUCUACGAUCGGGGUGGAGCGAAUGGUGCCGGCGGAGGAGGUCGCUGGCCGGGUGGCUCCGAUCGGCGUGACGGUCGCGGCGGCGGCGGCGUCGGCAGCGGAGGAUACGGAGGCGGUGGUUCCGGACGUGGUCAGAUCGACUACACCGUGCUUACCGAGCGGGACGAGCGUCUGGAGGCGGAGCUGUUCAAACACGGCAACACCGGUAUCAAUUUUAGCAAGUACGAAGAUAUUCCCGUGGAGGCGACGGGCGACGACGUGCCAGCGCACAUCAACACCUUCGACGACAUUGAGCUGACAGAGAUUAUCGAUAACAACAUAAAGCUGGCGCGCUACGACAAACCGACCCCGGUGCAGAAGUACGCUAUACCGAUCAUUCUGUCCGGGCGCGAUCUGAUGGCUUGCGCGCAGACCGGUUCGGGCAAGACGGCCGCCUUCCUGGUGCCGAUUCUGAACCAGAUGUACAAGCACGGGGCCGCUCCGCCGCCCCCCAACCGGCCGAUGAACCGGCGCAAGCAGUAUCCGCUCGGGCUGGUGCUGGCACCGACCCGUGAGCUGGCCACGCAGAUUUUCGAAGAGUCGAAAAAGUUCUGCUACCGCUCGCGCAUGCGCCCGGCCGUCCUGUACGGUGGCAACAACACGCAGGACCAGAUCCGCGAUCUGGAGCGCGGCUGCCAUCUGAUUGUGGCCACACCGGGCCGCCUGGAGGACAUGAUCGCUCGUGGCAAGGUUGGGCUGGACAACAUCCGGUUCCUGGUGUUGGACGAAGCCGAUCGCAUGCUGGACAUGGGUUUCGAGCCCCAGAUUCGCCGCAUCGUCGAGGAAAGCCGGAUGCCGGUGACGGGCGAACGUCAAACGCUCAUGUUCUCGGCCACCUUCCCGAAAGCGAUCCAGGAGCUGGCCAGCGAUUUCCUCUACCGCUACAUUUUCCUCGCGGUCGGACGCGUCGGCUCGACCUCGGUGAACAUUACGCAAACGAUUUUCUGGGUGGAGGAAAACAUCAAGCGCUCCCAUCUGCUCGAUCUGCUGUCGAACAUUACGAAGCAAAACGACGACGACGACGAGAACUGUCUGACGCUGAUCUUUGUCGAGACGAAAAAGGCGGCCGACUCGCUGGAGGAGUUCCUGUACAACCACAGCUACCCGGUCACCAGCAUCCACGGCGACCGUACGCAGUCGGAGCGCGAGGAAGCGUUGCGUCUGUUCCGGUGCGGCCGCUGCCCGAUUCUGGUCGCGACCGCGGUGGCUGCCCGCGGUUUGGACAUUCCGAACGUGAAGCAGGUGAUCAACUUUGAUCUGCCGGCCGAGGUGGAGGAGUAUGUGCAUCGCAUUGGGCGUACCGGUCGUAUGGGUAACCUCGGCACGGCCACAUCGUUCUUUAACGAGAAAAAUCGCAACGUCGCCAACGGGCUGGUACGAUUGCUGGCCGAGACCGGGCAGGAAAUUCCCAGCUUCCUGGAGGAUAUGACCAACAGCCGCGGGUACGGUGGCAGUCGCCGUGGCAGGCCACAGCGCGGUGGAGGCGGAUCAACCUUCGGCUCACGAGAUUACCGUCAGCAGAACAAUGCCCGUACGGGCGGUGGGCCACGCGAUCAUCGCCCGAUGGGUGGUGGUGGUGGUGGUGGCGGCGGUGGUGGUGGUGGAGGCCGUGGUUAUGGAGGUGGCGGUGGCGGUGGAUAUGGUGAGCGCGACGACGGUUACGGACGCAACGGCGUUGGUGGUGGAAGCUACGGUGGAAGCUACGGCGGAAGCUACAGCAACAACGAUGGAGGCAACGGUGUCGAUUGGUGGGGUGGGGACAAUUACUGAGACCCCGCAUCAUCGCAACCACCCCAGCGCAUACUGCUGCUAGCCACCACUACUACUUGUGCACCGUAACCAACAGCAACGCUGCGGCAGUAGACGGUGUUUUUGGUAGGAACCUAGCGACGGCAGCAACAGCAGCAAAACAUAACCUAACACUUUUGCUCCUAAGUUAAUAAAGCAACACACUCUCACGCGCAUUAUUACACAAAUAAUACACUGGAAACAACAGCAGCAAGUAAUACAAAUCUGUGCAUCUACUGGCUAUCCGUAAACCGUAAAAAUCACCAUAAAACAGUGAAGAGAACGACGAACGUUAAUGAAGAGAGGGAAGAUACGCAGGCGAGAAACAGUAGUAAUAGUAGUGGUAGGAGUGGAAAAGGACGAUAGGUAAAAAGGAUAUGCGUAAGAGUCUCACACAACAACACUACACGCUUGGGUUUGGUGGGUGGUCCUCUUCGAAUGUGUGGUGAGAACGAAUGAGAAAACGUAAGCCCUUGGCGCUGCGAUAAGCUGUAUUGUUUCCUUAAGAACAGAGGCGGGCACAGACAGCAAACAGCUUUUCUGUCGAAGAGAGAGAGAGAGAGAUUCUAAAAUGUGAGAAUUCGUGCUAGCGUAUUAGAAGUGGAGAACUAAGGCAGACAGUAGCUAAACACGGUAAAGAAGUGGAAAGCAGGGGGGUUGAACACAAAAAGGGGCGAACUUGGCAAAAUGUGAGAAGCAAAAUAAGAGUAAUGGAGGAACUUCCCGAGAUGCAUCCGUGUCACCGCUUAUUUCCACCGUGCAGGAGCUUACUUCAAUGGGACGUUAGUAAAAGGAAAGAACACGGGAACAACUCUCGUUUGUACUACUACCAAUUCCCGGAUGGAUCAUCUGGUUGAUUCGUCGAAAGUACAAUGCACAAUUACAUACAUUACCGGAGGAGAGAGAGAGAGAGAGCUACUACUGGUAGGGGCCUGACCGAAAGACCGGCACCACCACGGUGAAUCAUUCCUUGUAGCCGUGUUUUAAACCGUUUAAGAGGACCUAAAGCCAACAGCAGCAGCAGCAGCAGCACGAUAUGCUGGGGCUCUAGUAGGAUACGAUACGGGGGAUUUGGGGAUCAACAAUAUUUCUGAGAGCAUGAGACUAUAGGGAACACUUUAAAACAUAUUGCACCAUGUGGCGUCGUUCCCACCCCGAGUGUAAGAAAAGAUCUCGGAGAUCUUCGUACACGACGGUGGCUGUUCGGUUCCGGUUAUUAGGAAGGCCAGCAGAAGCAGGUGGUGGAGAAGGAAUAGAGAAAAGUCUUUUUAAAAAAGAACAUCCCAUCUGCGUUACUCUGAAAGCUGGACGGAAGAAGGAAGGAUAGGAAAGCUGACUUUACAGUAAGAGGAAUCACCAGGAUCAGGAGGCUCUUUGAGGGCAGCAAGGUAAAACCAGUGGUACGGAUUGCACCACCUUCCCCAUUCUGUGUUUAGACUGUAGUGUGUGUCCUUGUGUCUCUUGGGCGCCUCACUCCCCAUGCACAGCAACGUUCUAUUGCAGAAUAGAACCUUCAAUUCUUUCUCGCUCUCUCUC